AGCAAACAACAACAACAACAACAAUCCCACGGUCAGAGCAACAUUGAGUUGUCGCAUAAAUUGGCAGCAUUGAGGAUUUUCUAGGAUCACCAUGCCUCAUUAAUACAAUGUCUCUCGUUCCCUACUCUUCACGAGAUAGUCGUGAAAUCGUUCUGUGAGUACAACAUUCCAGUCGGAUGACCCCCUCCAUCUCAACCCUCCCCUCUGCGCGCUGCAUUGCGACUGCGACUGCUACCCAAUUUUCGGUAUGAGAAUAUCACUGACCAAACAUCCCACAGCCGCCAUAACGAUGCUAUCGUUGUGCGCGAUCCUUUGACUCAACAACUCGUCCUCAGAGGCGCAACACCUCUAUCCGAUUGCCCAACAUGCCAUCGCCCAUUCCGAUCCCCCUCGCCGGAGCGCAGAACCUCGCCUCAUAGAUCCUCCCACCGAACAACCCCUUUUAUCAGUCCCGAAUACUUUCGCAUGCUUCAAGAUGCCCAUACUCAGUCAGACGAGCAUGCGCCUCCUUCAAGUCCAAUCCGGAGGCUUGUUGAGCCAGCAUCAUCCUCUACGAGCCACAGCGCAGAAGGAUCGGUCUCCGACGUUGAAUUUGUCGCAAGCGCUCCAGCUCCGGUAGUUGGCCAUAGCAUUAAGAAGGACGCCUUUAGUCCAAAUUAUUUCCAGAAAUUCUUCAUCGAGGAAAAGGAACUGGGUCGUGGUGGAAAAGGUGUGGUUUUGUUGGUUCGACAUGUGUUGGAUUCCGUGCCAUUAGGACAAUUCGCUUGCAAAAGAGUGCCAGUUGGAGAUGAUCAUGCAUGGCUGGAGAAAGGUGCGGAGCUCUAUCUAGAUUAAUGUUUCAUGGCUAACAAACGAAGUUCUGGUUGAGGUACAGCUGCUCCAGGGGCUUUCCCAUCCGAAUUUGGUAUCUUAUCGUCAUGUUUGGCUAGAAGAUGUUCAACUCAAUCGAUUCAGUCCAUCGGUUCCAUGCGCAUUUAUUCUCCAGCAGUAUUGUAAUGCAGGAGACCUAUUGCACUACAUCGUCGGACCGCCUGCAGCUACUCCGAGCCCCAAGGAGCAGUUGAAGGAACAAAUAAGGAGAAGGUCUCGAGGUGGAGGAGAUCGGCCGAUGAUGCAUGACCAAAGGCCACUUCAGAGAAAACUUGCAUUCGAAGAGAUUUAUUCCUUCUUCAAAGAUAUCGCCUCUGGUCUGGCACAUCUACAUGCCUCCAAUUAUAUUCAUCGGGAUCUCAAACCAAGUAAUUGCCUCCUUCAUCAAGAUGGAAACGAAAUGAAAUGUCUCAUAAGUGAUUUCGGAGAAGUGCAGCCGGAAAAUAUGAUGCGAAAAUCUACUGGAUCGACAGGAACUAUCAGUUAUUGUGCUCCCGAGGUCUUGAGACAAGACAAAUCCGGACAUUACGGGAAUUUUACAACAAAAUCUGAUAUCUUUAGUCUGGGGAUGAUCCUCUAUUUCAUGUGCUUCGGCCGACUUCCUUACAAAAGUGCAGAUAGCAUUCAGGAAGAAUAUGAAGAUAUUGAUCUGUUGAGAGCGGAGAUCAGUGCAUGGUCCGGAUUUCGAGACGAACGACGAGAACGACCUGAAUUACCGAAUCAGCUUUACAGCUUCUUGAAAAGAUUGUUAGCACUCGAUCCAAACGAAAGACCAAGCGCAGAUGAUAUUCUCCAUGCCAUUCAAACAGAAAAGGGACUUGACAAUCCCCCACGUAAGAAGAAAGUUGCGAACAUCCGACUAGGUAGGGUUAUUCAGUCCAUUGAUUCGCCUUUAUCAGCUGGCACACCUGUUCAUGGUAUUUUCACUCAUAUGAAUGUAAUGCACACUGCUAACCUGAUUCAGAACCUACAAAGCGUGCUUUUUCGGGAGCAUAUAUUGAAGAUGAAUCAAUGGAAUCCGCAACACACGAAUCUAUUUCAUCGAAAGCAGAAACCGGAUUAAUACGCGAAUCAGGUCGAGAUCGAAUUCGACGCACGUCUUCACAUUCUUCGAGUGCCAAAACUAGGCCACUACUCAUGGCACCACCACCGCCGACGGGGAUGGCAAAUUUCAGACACCAGCUUUCCCUUCAUCGACAUCGGGCUGAAUCAUGGCUCAAUUUGAACCAACAAACUCUGUACAUGCUUCUUAGGCUUUCUGUAUUCUUGUUAAAGGUAUUGUCUCUUACCAAACCUUGCCUGCCUUUGAUGCCCCGAGAAAGAAUAUUCUGGCCGCUAAUGAUUCUGGCCGCCUUGGAAUUGCUGAUUGGAAACACAAUCGGCUGGCAAGGUAUGGGAUUGCUUACUACGUUUCAUGCAGUUGUUAUGGGAUGGUUCUUGAGUUUGGGAAGGAGGCUUUGUGGCGCUCAGCCCCUUCAGCAGUGGAAUAUGUAAGGGGUUUCUUUCUUUUUUCAUUUUGGUUAUAUUCGGGGAAAGAAAAUUUUGCAAAGGAACUUGUUUUUCGGGAGGCAUGGCGUUUUGUGGUCGUCUUUUCUACAGCCAUGCUUGGUAUGCAGUGACGAAGAGACCGGAGGCUUUCCUUGUGUUAUGUCGGGGACAUGAUGUAUGCAGCAUGGGGAAACUGGGGCGGCAACGGGCAUUCAAACAUGGCUUAUGAGGUAUGAAUAAUGGGGAUUGAACAUUUUUUUUGGACCAAAUCAAUCUAAUUACACAAGCUAUCGUACUAAAUUUGGACUGAGCACGUUCGGGGCCCACACGCUGGAUUAUUGGGUGUACGAUGCAAGAUGAUGCUUCUUUCCGUAUCUUCCGAGUACGCGGUACCGAAUAAGGGGAGAAAUUUUGAGGAUCCUAGAUGAGUCUCAUUGGUAUAGAGGCCGCGCACUCUAAAGUCCUGAGAGAACUGAACGAUUUACGAGUUUGUGGGGAAGUUUGUCUCAACCCAAGAUCACGAUCGUCGAUUACGAAAGUGUUCUUCAUCAUUUUUGGUAACACUAAAUUUGAGUGGCCCAAUAUGAAGGUAUGUUGUUACCUCCGGAAUGUUCAAAUACCGUGCUGUACGGACUAUUCCCCGGAUUAUCGAUACCUAAGACCUUUCAAGAAAUAUGUUGAACGCAAUAACGUUGCCGUUGAAAGCCUUCAUUUGCGGAUGGGACCACAUGCGACUAACGCUUCGUGUUACAUCAGUUUCAACUCAGCUUCCAAGGUCGGAUUUGAGAGAGCAAACCAGAC